ACGCAUCACGUAGCUAUAAAAAUACUCUUCGUUCAAUUAUCCUUUUUCCAUUGUUAUUUAUUUUCUAGAUGUUAUCAUUAGUUAAAAAAUCUCUUGAUUAUCGUGAAUAUUUAUUUGAUACAGAAUCUGAUUCAUCAUUAACAUUACCAAAAUGGUUAGCAGAAUUAGUACCUCUUACAGAUUUACCACAUCCUUUUCCUGUCACUGUACAAAUUGAAGAUCAUAUUGUUGAAGAUGAAUUUGAUUUAUCUUCUUUUAAAUUAAUGGAUACAAUUCCCGUAUUAUCCGAUGAUUUUCCAUCAUCUAUUAAACAUAGACUAAAAACAUUACUAAAUAAAACAAAUGAAAAUAUUUCACCAAUCGAAGAAGAUGGUGAUGAUGAAGAUUUUGAAUAUAUGGACAUGUUUCAAUCAUCACAUUAUCAUCAACAAUUAGAACAUUAUAAAGAAUUAUUAAAAUAUACACCAACAGAAAAAUCGUCAACAAUUCUCUUAGACACAUUUAAACAUUUAAAACGACUUUAUCAAGAAAAAUUAGAACAAUUAAAAUAUUUAGAACAAAUUUCCCAUCAACAACAACAAAAUAUUUCAGCAACAGCUGAUCUACCCGUUCAAUUAUUAACUCAACAGCAACAACAAUUGUCGACAUUUCGUUUAUGUUCUUAUACUGAAGGUAUUUCAACAAAAUAUUAUAAAGCUCCACGAUGUCAACAAAAAGCAAUACCAUUAACAAAUCAUUGUUUAAAACAUAUUCUCAAUGAUACGGAACAAGUUCUAUUUGAAAAAUGUCAAGGAGAUGAAAAUUGUCAAACAAUUCUAAUUAAAAAUGAUCAAAAACAAUUAAUUAAACAGUGUCUAAUACAUCCUGUAUUAUAG